CACGAUGCCCUCCCUGCCGGACGACGGCGGCAGCGGCGCUUUCCCGCCCGGCCACUUCAAGGACCCCAAGCGGCUGUACUGCAAAAACGGGGGCUUCUUCUUGCGCAUCCAACCCGACGGCCGCGUGGACGGGGUCCGGGAGAAGAGCGACCCACACAUCAAACUACAACUUCAAGCAGAAGAGAGAGGGGUCGUGUCUAUCAAAGGAGUGUGUGCCAACCGCUAUCUCGCUAUGAAGGAGGACGGCCGGUUACAGGCUUCUAAAUGUGUUACGGAUGAGUGUUUCUUUUUUGAACGGUUGGAAUCCAAUAACUACAACACUUACCGGUCAAGAAAGUACUCCAGUUGGCCAAUUGAAAAUAUGUAAGAUACACACCGAUAUCUUCUCCAGGCUCCGAAAGGCCUCCUGGGAACUUCCACAUGUUUUUCAACUGCAGUGUAAAGUCAGAAAAUAACAUCAACACAGCUUUUAUUCACUAACACACAUAUAUGGUGACCCACAAUAUUUACCCAUAUUGGUCAAGGUGGUUGAGAGUUUAUUUUUUGGUAAUUGCAUGUAAAUUUUUUCCAGUUUCUGUCCUCAUUACUCUUUUCCUUUUUUGGGGGGCGGGGGGAGGGACUGGUAACUUAUGAAUUAUUUUCCCACUGUUUUCUUUGGGAAAUAGAAGUGGUUUUGUUUGGUUAAUGUGAUAAAUUCUGUAUGAAUAAAACAGUGAAGGGAAACAUCUACUGAAUUAGUGUAAUUUAAAAAAAUUUGCUGCUAGUUAACUAUUAACAAAUAGAGGAAUCUUACAGAUGCUGCUAUAAAUAAGUAGAAAAUACAGUAAAAAUGUAAUCACGGAAGUACACUACUUUUAAUUUCACAUUUAUUUUCUGUAUUAUGUGUCUAAUCAGAUAUAUUAACCUUAUGAUUUUUCUUGCCCUGUGUGUUAAUGAUUUCAUGGGUAGUGUGAAUAAAACUGAUUAAGUUUG